AUGGUUGGGUUGCGUGCGGCCGACAGAAUCGGUGAAUAUGAAUCCAUUCGAUCCUUGGGGCACAAUAUAUCCUACCAAUAUCUUCAAGAAGAUAAAGAAUAUACUUUCGUCGACUUAAAUUGUCUUGUGAGAAAUAAGUUGAUUACGUUGGAAUUGAUUGAUAAAAAUGAUUAA